UAGCAGGGGCUUGGAACUGGAUGAGCACUGUGGUCCUUUUCAACCCAGGCCAUUCUGUGAUUCUGUGGUCCCCCAUGCAAGGAUUUUGAAUGCCCCCAGGUGGAACCCCACCAAGGAGGGCGUCACUGUGAGCCCCCACCAUGGCAAAGGAAUGCCAUCCCACUGGAAACUAUUUCUCUUUUUUCCCUUCCAUUCUGCAUGAAGAUGCUUUUAUUAAAUGGAGCUUCUCUCACCCUGAUGCAGCCCUUUUGUGAGGGGUUUUUGCUGGCGAUAAAUGCAACACACCUUCAAAAUGAGGCAAGUCAGGGCAUCACCAGGUCAAUAGGAUGUUUAACAAAGAAGAAAAAGGAGAAAAAACACCACUUAUUUCAGCAGGGUGGGGGAUGGAAGGGUGUGGGAGGACAUGGCCAGCCCAGAGCAUCCCGCCAGUGCAGGAAGCAUCACACAUCCCCACACUGCCACUGGAUGUGAACCGUGAAAACUGCAGCAUGGAAAUUGAGGCUGCUGUUCAGGGCAGUGCGGAGGCUCAGCAUCACAGAGGGCAGCUGGAUGGGGCGGGCUGAAACUGCUAUUUUUACCACGGAGUUGAAUCCUUUGUGCGCGGGCGGUGCUGCGGGAUGCUCGCCAACAGGAAAGGGCCCCACAAAGCCCCUGGUGCUGUGUGUCCCCGUGGGUCGGCUGUGAGCCCGUGGGGCUGUGAGGCACCCACACGGUGGGGGUCAGAUGGCAGAGGCUUGGGAAAUGAGGAGUCUGGGUCCUCAGGAGCCAUAAUAGCUGAUUUGUCAUCUUCCUCCGCCUCCGAACUGGCCCCGGCGUUCUGCACACACUGGAUUUAUUAAUUCGAUCCCAUCUGGGAUGGUUGACAUUUAGAUUCUGAAAAGUAUAGAAAAUGCAUCGUUGUUUUGCUCUGGAGAGAAGGACACUCCAAGGUGCAGUGUGCAGAGAUUCUGAUCUCACCUUGUGCCAUGCAUGGCAUCAGGGGCAGUGAGGGCAGGGGCAGGACUUGGCAUAUAGAUAUUAAAUGUUUGUAGCUGCUCUGGUACACCACACCUGUGGAGAAGCUGUAGUGAGUUGUCCUCCUUGUCCCCUGCAUCCUAUGGCUCAAGCUGCCAGCUGUUCCCCCGUACAUAGAGAGAGGAUUGCUGUUGCCAUCGGUGCCACUAAAGUCAGUACCCUAAAAUGGAAAACCCCAUCGUAGUGCAUUGCAUCCACGGUUGUGUCUUCUUUGGGCAGUGGUUUAAGAAGGGAGAAAAUACUCUCAGGCUAAGUCCUGGUGUCCCAUGCUACUCUGCCUGACUCUGGGGCAGGAAGGCUGUGCUUUUUGGCGUUCAGCUGUACAGAUGGUCUCAGCACAGCACUUGAAGCCUUUCUGGUAACAUUCGGACAGCCCUGGGAAUGCCGACACUUCUGCUCGUACACUGCCCCCAAAUGGCAAAAAGAGAUGAGAUGGGGAAGGCGGCUCUGCAAUGGUCGAGGAUACGGUGUGUGCCAGGAGCUGCAGGGAGGGAGAACAGCAAAUAUCCAGAAAAUGCAGUGAUGUAAUGACAGGCGUUCACUGGUUCCUGUGUCCCAGGACCCGCAGUAAUGUGUCUCCAGCCUUUUCCCCUCCAUGCCUUCGCUCCACAACGGCUGGUUGUGAUUUCUGCUCUAAGUGACAGCACUGGGUCAACAGCCUAUGAUGUGUGUGCAAGACCGAGGUCUGUCUUUGGAGAAGGGGGUGGAAAUUAGAAGCAGUCCAUGGCUGUGUGAUGGACAGAUGCCUACACACAAUUAAGGAAUCAGAAAUUAAGCAGCAGGCAGAUGAAAGUUCUGCUAUCCAUUCCCCAGUGACUACAGCAGUAUUUUUUGGGUGAAAAUCCAGGACUAUUUGUUGUGGUUGUGCCCAGCCUGGCAUCAAGCUAUAGGGAUUGGUUAGGGCACUUGAAACCAAGAGGUGUUGGAAGCUUUCAGCAUUCGAAUUGAUUCCUGCCUUCCAGGAGGAGGACUGAAUUCUGCUCCUAUCAAUAAGUAAUGGUCUUGGAGCAGCUUGUUUAACUUCAGGAUCAAGCAAGAGCCAGAGAGGAGAAAUCUAAUUUUACAGCAAUGAGAAAUGGGAUGGCCGGGGCUUGGGCAAAGCUACUGACAGGGUUACAUAGCCGGAUGCUAACAGGGGCAUUAAGGGUAGGUAUGAAUAAGGAAGAGUCUCAGGCCAUGGAGGACUGACUAGAUGCUGUCUCUGCAGUUUGAGCACAGCUGAUUCUCAGCUUAAGCUGACUGCAAAGGGAUCCCAUGAAAUUAUGUGCCACGUUUGUCGUUCGAAUGAAAAGACCUUAAUUUUCUGACAGAAGGCACUGAGCAGUACAGUACAACACAUUAUCCUCAGCGAACAAUUAAAGCCCACAUUUUAAGUUUGGCACAGGACGCUUUCACAACUGCCUGUAUGAAUAUGUGAAUACAUUCAAAUACAUUCAAAUACUCCCAAUACAUUCCAGUGAGUUCUCUGCCUUUGCAUGUAUGUUCACAGUCCCAUACAGGAACACACACGCUGCUGUACUGAGGUGCUUCUGCUCCUGGGUCUGACUGCAGGUUUCACCACAGUGUGACUCCAGCUCAAACUGGCAAAGAGUUGCUGAAAUAGCAGUCGCUUCUGGGGACUGAGCCUCUGUGGAGUUGUUUUGAUUGGGGUGUUUUGGACCAGAAGCUGGCACUUGAAGAAGUGAUCUGGCUGCUGUCAGCAAUGUGCGCCAGGCUGGGCCUGCCCCAGAGUGAUUUGUGAAUAUUUUGUGUUGGCAUCAUUAUCAGGAUGUUUGUAUGUAUUUCUUCACCUCUGUGUGUCUGGGAAAAGUCAGGAAAAUACAAACAGCAAACAGCAGCCAGGGGCAAUGCCAGGAGCUGCUCUUGCUCCUUCCCAAGCCAUACAGCAGAAACCUUUGUGCAUCUGCAGUGGAGGAGAACAAGGGAUGGUGCAGGAGAGGAGAUGGGGCAAGGCAGAGAAAAGGGUGUCCCAAUGUCAUGGUCACAUAAGACCAUCCAAGCUGUGCCUGGAGGUAAGCGCUGCUGCUUUCAGAUUGCCCUGAACUUCUGUGCUGAGCUUUGACCCUGUGGCAAAGGAGCUGAUGCCAGCAGCUUAUGGAGAGUGAAGAAGAAGCAGCUGUUGAUAUGAGCAUUGAAAUACCUAAAGCAGGGACAGAACGUGAUAGCCACACUUUGGAGAUGUGAAGCUCUGUGCCACAAGGCACUGCUUGCUCUCAGGGAGCAUUUCUCAGCCCCCCCAUUUUUGGGUACCAGGUGGCCCCACACCAGCCAUGCCCCACAUGUCUCUGGGUCUGCAAACAGGACGUGCCCACACCAUCCUACAGUUUGAAACUCUGUGCUGUUAUAUCUAGCCUGCAGCCUUCGUGGGAAACACAAAACCACAAGCCCAAACUCUCUGCAUUGUACAGUUGUUGGUUUCUCAUUUCUUCUGUCUCGCUUCUCUUUCUUAUUUACCCUUUAUUUGGGGUAUAGUUAAGUACUUACAAUGUUACAACAACGUCAUUGAUCUUUGCUCCUGCUGGUGAGGACCGAGCCCUUUCUGCCUCCUUUCAGCUGUGCUCCGUGCCAGGGGAUUUCCUGCAGUAACACAGCCUUCUUUCUUCCUCAUCUGACCCCUCUGUGUCACUUUUCCAGAGUUUUGCAUGAAAUGCAUUUUAUUUCAGCACAGCUUUGCAGCCCAAGCCCCACAGCUUGUUCCUGCAACCUCUGUACAUGUAUUUGGGAUUUUCCAGCAUCAUAGAGCCCCUUGAGAGCAGUAACACUCCACAUUAAGUCCUGGAACAGCUCUGGAAGCCAGCUCCAUUCGUCCUUCUGGUGGCAGAAUGUGGAAACUGAGCACUUCAAUGGCACCCAUAACAGUCUUCAGAUGCUGCUGGGAGAGGCUUGGAUCCGGAGGUGCUGUGUUUGGGUUACUGAAACAAGAGCAUGAUAGUGUGCCCUGGGUCGGGGCUAGAAGUGCUGCUGGAAGCUCUGCUGGGAGGAUCCUGGUGGCCUGGAGGCAUCGAUAUGACCCUGGGACAGCAAGGUGAACCCUGGAGCUGGGGCUGCUGGGUCUGGGGAAGGCUCAGGGAUGGGGUUUGUCACAGGGUCUGUCUGGAGUGCACCUGGAGGUCUGCAGAUGUGGGGACCUCCGGCCCUGGUGAGGCAGCACACAGAGCUGCAUCAGUGCGGUGAGUGCCCAUUACGGCAGACAGGCGGCUGUGCGGUGCUCCCUGCACACAGGGCAGCCCAGGUGCUCCAGGAGCACUUCUUGUGCAGCACCUCAUUUCAUCCUGUUUUCAUCAUCCCUUCCCUGCAGUGCUUCUGCAAGUUUUGGCUUGUUUUAGGUUUUAUCUUUUCUUAUUUUUCUUUUUUUUUUUUCUUCUUUCUUCUCCUGUUGCCUUUUUUUGUGCGUGUCCUUUAUUAGCAGCUCUGCCAGCAUCUCCUGCAGAGGCAGAUCGCAGCACGCCGGCUCUUCUCGUUCCCCCCAGCACCCAAGCAGCACUGCCUGCCGCCAGCGCUCGGCUCAUAGCGGGGAGCUCCCGCUCACGUUUUCCUUCCUUUACCCGCUCACUCCGGGCAUCCUCCUGACCUCCCUCCAACCCCCCAUAACCGGGGACACAGGACACAAGGGCGGCCGUACGCUGUGGGGCGGAGCGAUCUCUCCGCCCUGCCCGGCUCCCCCGCGCACCCCGGAGGCGGUGCUUCGCUUCGCUCCCGCCGCCCGGCUGCUCCCGCCGCGAUGGCCCGCCGCUGCCCGGAACCCGACAGCGGAAUCGAAUCCCUCUCUGCAGAUGAACACGAACUGGAGACCUCCUGUGAGGAGAGCACGGGCUGUGCGGAGGAGCUGCCAGCAGGUGAGCAGCUGUGAGACCAGAAACCUCCUGCCCCCUCCUGAGCGUGACUCUGAGAUUUGUAAGAAGACCUUUAUUAGAAGUGUGCAUGGCACAUCCACAGCCUGGGUUCACAGCACGGUGGUACACACCAGCACCUGUAGGUGCCUCUCCCAUGGAAAACCAUGGAAUUCAGUUGGGUGAAAUGGGACAUGUGGGGGUGCAGGGACCUCCAGGACAGCCUCGGGUUGUUCGGGACAUCAUACAUCAAAAUAAUGCACCUUGAGCAUCACACACACCUUCAAAGGUUCUGAGUGACCCCAGAUCACUGAUGCUGAUCUCUGCUGCCUGAGCACGGCUCAGUGCUUUUCCUGCUUUGUCACGUUACCUAACACCCACCAGAUUAAUGCAUUUAAACUUCUAAAUGCAUCUCUUACUUACCCUUGGCACUGCUUUCUUUAAUUCUUCCUGUCGUUCAGGAGAGGGCAGCUCCGGCAGUGGCUCUGGCAGCCCCAGCAGCAGCUCCAGCAGCAGCUCAGAAGAUGACUCAGAUACAGAGGAGUCGGACACAAGGCGGUCAGAUGAAGAACAAGAAAAUAAAGAAUCACAGCCAGUUUGCAAUGAAUCAGAUGGAGCGGACUGUCUGCCCCACUGUAAGCACUGCAGAAAAGAAAAUGCCCAGAGAGAGCAAGUGACCCCUAGGAAGCUUUCUGGAGGACAAUAUUUGAUGAAGCUGGAUGCAGAAGGCACAUACGAGUGCAGUGUCACCGGUCUGAUUUUUGAGGUGAACAAGGCGGUCACCAUCAAUUACUCCCUGCUGUCCUGGAGCAAAUACGCCGGGCUGGUAAAGCCACCAUGGGUGGUGGGCGGCCCGCUGUUCGACGUGCGCUGCGAGGCGCCCUCCACCCUCACCUCCAUCGCCUUCCCGCACUCCCUCUGCCUCGGCGAUGGUGGCUCCCACCUGGCCUUCAAGGUGCUGCACAUCAAGGGUGCGGGUGCGGCCAUCGAGCCAUCCACGGACUUCUCGGCCUCACACGUGCGGUGGCUGGUCAGCUCGCUGUCCCCCGUCGGGCCGCUCAUCCGCAGUGAGGAGCCCCUGCUCUACCACGGAGCUGUCAUCCUCUACAAGGCCAUCGAUGACGACCCUUCCUUGCUGUUCCGGGUCUACGUGGCGACGAACAACGACUCCUUCAUCAAGGAUAUAUCAAGAGCAGUAAAACAUUCGAAAAAGAAAUUCAUUAAAAUUGACAAGCCCCCUGUGUGCCAGAAAUUACUACAGAACGGAAAGAGAUACAGAUUAAUUUGUGAACCAGAAGCUGAAAUAACUCCAGAGGAAAUUGAAUUUGUUGAUGGAUCUCUUUUGAAGCUGAAAAGUUACAUUGAAGUCUAUUUUGAGAAACCUGAUGACUUCACCUUAUCUUUGGUUGAACUGGACUCAGGUGCAGCUGUGUGGAAAGCAAAACUAAGAGAAAGUGACUGGAUACAUUAUGAUCAGAACAAAAAUGAGCAAACAAGAAUUCCAAGCAGUGUCAAAAGACGGAAAUCAACCAACAGCUUUUCUGAAGAAGAGAAACACUGUAGCAAAAAGCAGAGGUCCAACAAUUAUACAGAUGGAAUUAAAAGCAGAAGCUUGCUAACUGAUCAACAGCUGAUGGUAAUUGCAAAGUUGUUUGGCGUGGAGUGGAAAGAAAUUGCCAUUGAAUGUCUUCAAAUGGAAAUGAAAGACAUUCAGCAGAUUCAAGCAAAUGAAGAGGAAGUCAAUAUCCAGAAAUUUCUGAUGUUAAGCAAGUGGAGAGAAAGAGAGCAAAGCAAUGGAACUGCACAAGCUUUGUGCAAUAGGCUCCGUGAAAAAGUGUCAUAUGAAAUAGUGCAAGCACUAGAAGGCUUUUUGGCUGAGUGAUGAGUUGGAGAAGCUGAUGAGAAGCUCAGGAACUUUCCCCACCCAAAUGGUUAAACUUUUCAAGCUAUUUUCCCGGGAUUUCGUUGUGAUGAAGAUCCAAGUCGUAAUCAGUCAGCGGAAAGUUUAGAGUGUCUUCAAAAGAAAUGUGAAUGAAAUUUUGCACCUACGUAAGUGUAAGUAGCAUUUUGGGAAUCAUUACUCACACGUUUGGAUACCAGUCAUUGCAGCUGGAUGGAAGUGCCAGGCUUGACGUGCCCAAAACUGAAAGCUGCCACUGAAUCUUGUCGUGUUUGAGCCAAUCCUAAAAGACAACGAGCACUGGGAGAACUGGGUUUACCUUUAUCAGGUAUAUGACUGUUAUCUUGAAACAUUUUUAUUUGAAUCAGGGAAAGACAAGGGAGAAAAGUUGUAUCAAAACUUUUAUCCCCUUAAAAUAAUGAAACUGUCAAAAUCAUGAGGUACAUUGUAUUGCUCAGAGAUGCCUAGGAUCAGGGAAGAAACUCCUUAAACUUGCAGAUAAAUUCCUUUGCAGAAUCACUGUUGAUACACAACCACUGUAUGUAUCCCCAUGCACUCAUGUUGAGCUGUGGUUCUGUUUUCUUAAAUCCGAAGACCACUUUCACAGUAGCACCAUUAAGAACUGCAGGCAGCUUUGAAUCUUCUGUGGGAUUUUCUUCUCUCUGUACAGUGUCUCAAUUUUUAUGAGAUUUUUUUUUAUGUUGUAUGAUUUUUUUUGUACUAUGAACUUUUUAUACUUCUUUUUUUAUGUGAUUAAUUUUAACUUUACUGUAAGUGUGGGCUUAAGGUAAAAUAGAGAAAAUCGGGGUCUCCAAGAUGGUUGUUAUCCUGAGGGCAGGACCUGUAGCACACAGUUGUAAAAGAUCUGAAAAUAAUGUUAUUUGAUAAACUGAAUGAUGGCCAGAGAGAGUGUCCUGUUUGCAGACACGUGGUUCUUUUCAUCAUCUCCUGCUGUGUAUGUUUAUGGAAAAACAAACAAACAAACAUACUUUUAAAUAUAAGGAUUAAAAAGAGAACAUU